CGUGCAGAAAAUGAUUUCACACCCCAACAAUACAUUGUCACAACUGGCCCUAGAAUCUGGCCUGACCUUAUCGGUUUAAGAACAUUUUGUUUUGCUCUGAGCUAAAUGUUAGACGUUUGUACUCUACCGCGCAUCUCAUUGUGCCGCGCUGCGUCGCAUAGUGAUGGGUGGACCGAAGGCAGCGCUCCCCGAGACUCAUCCCUAAAAAAAGCUCAAUGCCUCUUCCUCUGAGCCGCGGACAGCAGGCGAGACCCGUGGACCGCUUCGUUAACUGUCCAGACACGGAUUGAUUGAUCAAAUGUCUUGUUCACGACCGAAACUUCAACUAUGCAUUCAGUGGAAACGCAAAUGGCUCCCAGUUUGAGGAGUGCGCGGAGAGAUUUCACCAAACUGCAUGCCUGCGGCGCGGCGGCUGGAGACGGGCUCUCACCGGGAUGGAUAAGAGUGCGAGAAGCAGGGUGGUUUCGGAGAACCAGGAGAAGAGAUGGAGCAGAAGGGAUGUCUGCAAACGGUCUGUUAUAUAUAGGAAUGGUCUUACUUCUGCUGCAGUGUGCGCAGGCCACAGAGGAUGAGACGAACUACGACUCCUCUGGUUCUUCUGAUGUACCCAAUGACACAACAGCCUCCGCCCAUCCCAUUCACCCAUUGGCCGGCUUACUGUUGGUGGAUGAGGAGCCUUUAUCAGUCGUCCAACCAGAUGGCAGGGCUGUGUCAGAGGGGGUGGGCCUGAGAGAGCAGCCUGCCUUCUCCUCCAUACUGACCCUGCUGGCGGACAAACACCCACUGAGCUUGGUCCGAUCCAAGGCCUCGCCAACCAUCACCAAGGACAACAACCAAACCAGCCUGUGGCCUUUUGUUGCUCCCUUCUCUUCUUCUUCUUCUGUGGAGCCGAGCAGAGACCUGUCUGACAGCUCAGAGACAGCGAUGGAGGAGUUAACUGUGGGAACAUCCAGAGAGACAGGGGUUAAUUUCCACAAAGACAACGACACCAGAUUAUCCCAAACAGGGAACCUCACCUUAGCCGACAGGCCUGCACUCACAACAUCACAGGUGUCACCUUUGACCCCUCGAGAGGACACAACAACUGCAUCCCUACAGCUCACGACCGUGACCACCACAACCAUAGCUUCAACCACAACACAGCCAAUCACAGAGAGCCCAACCACAACAACAACACGCAGAACCACCACCACCACGGACGCUCCAGCCUCCAGGAGAACACUGUCACCUCCAAUCCCAAAGACCAAACCCAGAGGGACGACCACCCCGUUCCCCUUCACCACCACCACGGAGGCUCCACCCCGGCAGUGCAACGUCACAGAGAAGAUCUGGGUUAAAACAAUUCUGACCAUCCAUGUGAGAAGGAACCGCCUGGACAGCAUCCAGAGACAGAACCUGCGUAGAGGGCUGACCCAGGCUCUGAGUAGAGCUCUGAAUGACACCACUGCCCAGGCUCAGGUGGAGACUGUGUUUGGCUCUCCCAACGUGACGGUGGGCUACCACGUAAUUGGAGCAGACAUGGUGUACCCGCCCUCUGUGGUGGUCGAGGCACUUCAUUCAGACAUGUUAUUAAGGACGGCCGGGAUAGGCUGA